AUGGGUCGUUCGACUUUCAGCCCUACUGAUAUCGUGGAGGAGCUUUGGGCCAAUCUCGGGCUACCGAAACAUGCCACUUCGGCUAUCAGACUCGAGACAGCGCCUGGCCCGGCCAUCCCCUCCUCGUUCAAGAUUGGCCACAUUGCGCAGAGUUCGAUCGCGCUAUCCGCUUCGACAGCCGCUCUCCUUCACUCGCACCGCAAUGCCGUCGCCGCCCUGCCGCGGGUCGCGGUGCUGCUCCACCACGCCCUCGCUGAGUUCAGGUCGGAAAGACUCUACGAGAUCGAGGGCAAGACCCCGCAGUCCGCUUGGGGUGACGUGGGAGGUCUCCACAGAACGCUAGACGGCCAUGUCCGCAUCCACGACGCCUUCCCACAUCACCGCCUCGGCACCCUACGGCUCCUUGGUCUGCCCCCGGACGCUACCCGCGGCGACGUCGCUUCGAGGACGAAGCUUUGGCUGAGUGUCGACCUCGAGACGGCCGCCAUCGAGCACGGCCGGGCAGUAUGUGCUCUACGCACGUAUGAGGAGUGGGAUAGCCACCCUCAGUCGGUUUCCGUCGCAAACCAGCCCGUCCUGCUGAGGAAGCUCGCGGACGGGCCCAAAGGUUUCCCCGAUCACAUGGCCAAAGGCGCAGACCGUUGCCUCAGGGGCCUCAGGGUGGUGGAGUUGAGCCGCGUGAUAGCUGCGCCCGUGGCAGGCAAGACGCUCGCAGCGCAUGGGGCAGACAGAAUUCGGCCGCGGAAGCGCACCAUCCGGCUCGACAUCAACAAGCCUCCGGCUAAAGCCAAACUCCUCGAGCUUCUCCGCACCACAGACGUUCUCAUCCAAGGGUACCGACCCGGCAGUCUCGCAGCGCGCGGCCUGUCUCCGGCAGAGCUGGCUGCGGCGAACCCGAGGCUGGUCAUUGCGAAUCUCUCGGCGUUUGGCCCCGACGGCCCCUGGUCUGGCCGCCGCGGGUUUGACUCCCUGGUCCAGACGUGCGGUGGGAUGAACGUGUCGGAAGCGCAGCAUCAUGGAGCUGGGGAGCCCGCGAUGCCUCUGCCCUGCCAGGCCCUCGACCACGGCGCCGGUUUUCUUCUUGCGUCUGGGAUAUCUGCCGCUCUGUACAAGCGCGCAACAGAGGGCGGCUCUUGGGUCGUAGACGUCUCACUCGCGGGGGUGAUGAAAUACUUGAGAAGUCUUGGGCAGUACCCAGGCAGGACAGGUUUUGAGGUCCCGGAUGCCGAAAGAAGCUUUCAGGUUGCGGAGGAUCUGUUUGAAAAGCGCAUGACGGGCUUCGGCCUAAUGAAGUACGUAAAGCAUUCGGCAGUGAUCGAGGGCCUUGAGCCCGGUUGGGAUGUUAUGCCAAAACCGUUGGGAAGCGACGAGCCUCAAUGGCUCGCCUAG